AAGAAUCAUUACUUAACCUCAAAAAUCGGCUUCUUCGCUCGUAAUUUGUUUAUUUUGUUCGUUCUACGAUAUUUUAAAAAUUUUAAUACACUUUCCAAAAUGUUCUACCAUAUAUCCCUGGAACACGAAAUUCUGCUUCACCCCCAAUACUUCGGACCCCAGUUGCUGGAGAAAGUAAAAGCCAAACUUUACACCGAAGUAGAAGGCACUUGUACCGGAAAGUAUGGUUUCGUGAUAGCCGUUACAACGAUAGAUAGCAUAGGAGCCGGACUGAUUUUGCCCGGGCAAGGGUUCGUUGUAUACCCGGUUAAGUACAAGGCCAUAGUGUUCCGACCCUUCAAAGGGGAAGUUUUGGACGCCGUAGUUAGACAAGUGAAUAAAGUGGGGAUGUUCGCCGAAAUAGGCCCUUUAUCUUGCUUCAUAUCUCAUCAUUCCAUACCUGCUGAAAUGGAGUUUUGUCCAAAUGUUAAUCCCCAAUGCUACAAGACUAAAGACGAAGACGUGGUUAUACAUGCAGAGGGUGAAAUCAGAUUGAAAAUAGUCGGUACGAGGGUGGAUGCUUCUGGUAUUUUUGCGAUUGGGACACUCAUGGAUGACUACCUCGGAUUAAUUAGCAAUUAG